AGGGACCGCGGUCCAGGUUGUAGAGUCAAGUUGUUGAAUUGAGAUUUUUCUCAUUUUUUGAUAUUGAUGUUGGUUCAUCAAAUUCUCCUCAGCACUGCUUUCGUGGCAUCUCCUAAAUUUGCGUCCAGUACGAUGACUCCGUAGAAGAGCCGAGACUGGGUGGCGAGGGAGCCCGGCUACCGAAGGAUGAACGGCGAGGAGGAAUUCUUUGAUGCCGUCACAGGCUUUGAUUCUGAGAACUCUUCCGGGGAAUUUUCAGAGGCAGAUCCGAGAGUUGCUGGAGUGAUGCGCGUGGACACCGGUAGAAGUAACGGGAUUGGAAAGGUCGGGGAGAGGCCCCCCCGAGAGAAUGGGAUUCAGAAACACAGGACGUCAUUGCCCGCCCCGAUGUUUACCAGAAGUGAUUUCAGUGUGUGGAGUAUAUUAAAGAAAUGCAUCGGCUUGGAGCUUUCCAAGAUCACCAUGCCCAUCGCCUUCAACGAGCCUCUGAGUUUCCUCCAGCGGAUCACAGAGUACAUGGAGCACGUGUACCUCAUUCACAGAGCCUCGUGCCAGCCCCAGGCCCUGGAGAGGAUGCAGUGCGUGGCAGCCUUCGCAGUGUCUGCAGUGGCUUCCCAGUGGGAGAGGACCGGCAAGCCCUUCAACCCCCUCCUGGGGGAGACCUACGAGCUGAUCAGGGAAGAUCUGGGAUUCAGAUUUAUAUCCGAGCAGGUCAGCCACCACCCCCCCAUCAGUGCAUUUUAUUCAGAAGGCCUCAAUCAGGACUUCCUGUUUCACGGCUCCAUCUACCCGAAGCUGAAGUUCUGGGGCAAGAGCGUGGAGGCCGAGCCCCGGGGGACCAUCACGCUGGAGCUGCUCAAACACAAUGAAGCCUACACCUGGACCAACCCCACCUGCUGUGUACAUAACGUAAUCAUCGGGAAGCUCUGGAUAGAGCAGUAUGGAACCGUGGAGAUUUUAAACCACAGGACUGGAGACAAGUGUGUGCUUCAUUUUAAACCUUGUGGAUUGUUUGGAAAAGAACUUCACAAAGUGGAGGGGCACAUUCAAGACAAAAACAAAAAGAAGCUCUUUAUGAUCUAUGGAAAAUGGACAGAGUGUUUGUGGGGCAUAGACCCUGCUGCGUAUGAGUCCUACAAGAAACGGGAGAGGAGGGGUGACCCCCUGAGCAAGGCACAACCGGACGACAGCUCCCAGAAAGCUGAUGGCGACGUGCUAGACGCCGUGCCCGAGGCUCAGGAGACUGUGCAUGUCAUUCCCGGCAGCAAGCUACUCUGGAGGGUCAACACUCGGCCCCCCAACUCUGCCCAGAUGUACAAUUUCACCAGUUUCACCGUCAGCCUCAACGAGCUGCAGAGCGGCAUGGAGAAGACCCUGGCCCCCACAGACUGCCGCCUGCGCCCCGACAUCCGUGGCAUGGAGAACGGUGACAUGGAUCUGGCGAGCCAGGAGAAGGAGCGGCUCGAGGAGAAGCAGAGGGAGGCCCGGAGGGAGCGAGCCACUCAGGAGGCCGAGUGGCAGACGAGGUGGUUCCACCAGGGCAGCAACCCGCACACGGGAACUCCCGACUGGUUGUACACAGGGGGUUACUUUGAGCGGAAUUUCUCACGCUGCCCGGAUAUCUACUGAGGGGCUGGAGGGCCCCGGGCCCGGGACCGGAGGCUGGACUCCAUCACGUGGCUGCUCCGAGCCCCGCUCCCAGCAGAGACCAGCUUUUCCAGCGACUGUGUUCAUGGCGACAGCACCGUCCCCGGUGGAGGAUUUUAUUCUGAUUAACUUUUGAUUGCCAAACACUUUACUACUGUUGCAGCCUCUUCAUAAAGCUUCACUUGGGAUCAUCAUGUGCUCGUUAAGGGUGGAAAGGAAAAUCCUUUGCGGUCCCCUCACGUGAUGGGCCUGGGCUGGGCGUGUGUGGCUUACCGCACCCUCCUCCUCCUCCGUUCAUGAUGCAGUGACCAGAGGGGCUCCUGUAGUCCUAGACCCCUCCAUGUCCUCCUUGUAACGCGGGCACAGGCUUUCUGAGACUGAUGUGAAUUUGAACAGUAACAGGGGAAGACGGAUCUUGAGAAAAGUCCUUCGAAGAGUUUUGUACAGGCCAGGAGUUGCCUCCUGAAUUAUGGUUAAUACGGGAGUGAAGAUUUUCAAAGCAUCAGAUUGAAUGAAAUGAAAAGUUGUCAGAUUCUGUAUUUUUUACCAAUCUUCAAUAAUGUAAAGAUUACUUUUAAAAUAUUUAAGUUAAAAGUACUUGAAUAGUAUUUUGCCAAAAAGCAAGAUAUGCAUUAACCACCAAUUGUAUACUGUCCCAAAUGAAGCAUUACCGUGACCCCUAGGGCGGCCAGGAGCCUUGAGGGCUGUUGACAGAACUCCCUGGGCCCUGGCCCCGUCUGCUCCUCUCGCACCGGGGCUUCAUGGUCCCUGCGGGCCACGCCCGGUCGCAGAGUGGGAGCCGCUGCUUGCAGCCUUCCGCCUGGCCCGCGGCGCUGUCCCGUCCCCGUCUCCCCAGCAUGCGCGUGACGGCGGGUGUGCGCCGCGGGAGGGUCCGAAGCAGCGUCUGCUCACAGCCCGGAAUUAAAGCUAUUUAACAAAAAAUAGGCGUAUGUCCAUUUUAGCAAACACCUUGUCAAGUGACUGUGGUCUUUCUGUAGACACGUCGCCGCCACAGACGGUGGCAGAGCUGAGCGCGCGGGCACACUUGCACACUCAGGCACUCGCGCGAGGUCGGACGUACGGAGGGGUGGGUUCUCCGUGAGAGGGUGUCUCAGUGUGUGCCCGGGCUUCAGCAUCACAUUUGUAAUUAAACCACUUUUAAAAGCGA